GCACUCUACCAACUGAGCUAUAUCCCCAGCCCACAACCAGUUCUUUAAUUUUUCACAGCCUUCCUCUUCUGUCAAAAAAUAACUUAAACACUUGAGCACCAGCUAGAUGUCUGGCACAAACAGGUAUGCACGCAAGAAUCAAAUCCUUUUUGUCACUUGAGAAAACAAAUGAGAGCACAGCUGAGAAAGCACAUCUUUUUAUUCCUCAUCAAAUGCUGAAUUUGUCCCCCUCCCUGUGGACUGGGAACAACUCCUGCUGAGAAUGAAGACUGAGGGCUGCAUUCGACCUGACCGGCAUCAAAGAGGCUGAAAAGGGAAACUGCCCCCGCUGCGGCCCAACACAGGCCAGCUCCGCCUAGGCGGGCACCUCCCGCCGCGGCCUCACUCCCCUGCCUCUUCUCCUUUCGAAGUCCUGCCCCCUCCAGGGAUUUCGACGGUGGGACUUCUGGAGCAGGACAUGUCUGUCUUCAAGGCUCUGCAGGCGCCCCGGCUCCCGCCGCCCUGGCUCGGAACCCUUCUGGAGUAGCGAGACCUGUGGCUCCGCCUGCGCCCGGUGGCGCUUCCGGCGUUCCGCCGCUUGGCCGUGGGGUUCACGCCGCCGUGGCCGAGCGUUCCUGCGUGCCUGCCAGGCGCUCCUCCACGGAGCCCGGGCCGGAAGGCGCGCGCCCCGCGCUGGCGCUGCGGAGCGCGGCGGGGACGGACCGCGGGCCGGAAGUGAGGGAGCCCGAGGGCCGCGCUUCCGGCGCUGCGCACCGCCCUGGCGCGAUGGCUGCGCUCGGCCGACAGGUCCUUGACUGGCAACUCCCCAUCCGCCUCGCCUGGGCCUGUCUGGCCAGGCGGACUUCUCAUCCUCCGGAACAGAGGAGGACGACUGCUUUGUUGCGGAAACUGACUGCCGCCUCUGGUGGGGCGAGCCUUGAGGAGGCCUUCUCUGUUGGGCCCAGAAACUGUGCGCAGGAACCACGGCGCAGGACAAGGCCUGCUCAGUGCCUCCCUGAGAAGCAGAGCACGCCUGUGGAUAGUGGGUCGUUGGAGCUGGAAAAGGUCAUCAGUUCCCUCCUGGACAUGGGUUUCACUGAUGCCCACCUUACGGAUCUGCUCCGGAUACUGCCAGGUGCCAGCCCUCAACAGUGGCUGGACAUCGUUUCAGAAUUGAUGCUACUGGGUCUGAAUCCUGAGCCUGCGUGUGUGGUCUUAAAGAAGAGUCCCCAGUUACUGAAACUGCCAGUCACACAAAUGAAGAAGCGCUCCAGGUACCUGCGAAAGCUUGGCCUCGAGGAAGGGAAACUGAGGCGGGUGCUCCACCACUGCCCUGAGGUCUUCACCAUGCAUCAGCGGGACAUUGAUGACAUUGUCAGGCUGCUCAAGGAGAAGUGCCUUUUCACAACUCAGCAGGUCACUGAGAUUCUGCACAGAUGUCCCAGUGUUCUUCGGGAGGACCCCAGGGAGUUGGAAUUCAAAUUCCAGUAUGCGUACUUCAGGAUGGGAGUCAAGCACCUGGACAUAGUGAGGACCGACUUCCUUCAGUACUCAGUGAACAAGAUCAAGCAGAGGCACAUCUACCUGGAGCGCCUAGGACGGUACCAAACCCCUGACAAGAAGGGGCAGACACAAGUCACUAACCCUUUGCUUAAGGACAUUCUCAGAGUGUCAGAAGCUGAGUUUUUGUCCAAAACAGCCUGUUCUUCUGCUGAAGAGUUUGAGGUUUUUAAAAAGCUCUUGGCUCGGGAGGAGGAGGAGGAGGAGGAAGAAGAAGAGGAGCCUGAGAGCGCAUCUGAGGACAAGGACUAGCAGUGGUGAGGAAGGAUGGGGUGAAAGGGCCUGGGCAUUUUGGGGGACUGCCACGCACGUUUCCCAGGUCUUCAGGAGCUUCACUUGGACUUUCUCAAGCAUUUUCAUUCUAACAGGUCUUUUAAUGAAAAAGUCAUUGUGAACCACCC